UGGUGGACCCGCUGAGAACCCCAAAACAGCAGAGGCGCCACUUUUGCAACCUCUCGCCCAUUCCCUGCAGGUCUCUGAGUAGCCCCGGGCUCUCCGUCGCCCCUUCGCGGGCCGUCCGCCGUCCUGGCCUCCGCAGUCCCCAUGCUGCUCCGGCGCCCCCUGGCCAUGGCCAGCCGCGUGGGCGCGUGCGGGAGCGGCGCGGGCGCCGGGGGGCCGGUGGAGGCCGCCAUGCGCGCCAAGCUGGAGCAGGCCUUCGAGCCCGAGGUGCUGGAGCUGUGCAACGAGAGCGGGGGCCACGCCGUCCCUCCCGGCAGCGAGACGCAUUUCCGCGUGGCCGUGGUGAGCGCCCGCUUCGAGGGCCUGAAGCCGCUGCAGCGCCACCGGCUGGUGCACGAGGUGCUGUCGGAGGAACUGGCGGGGCCGGUCCAUGCGCUGGCCAUCCAGGCUCGGACCCCGGCCCAGUGGAGGGAGAAUCCUCAGCUGGACACGAGCCCCCCCUGCCUGGGCGGAAGCAAGAAAACCAGAGGCGCCCCCUGAGCCCCACGAUGAGAUGAGAGAGGACUCUGACUUUGGGGACUGAGCACCACUGUUCCAGGACAAGCAGAGUCCUAAGUGCUCUCACCCCGGACUGAAAAACUGCCCGGUUCCCUACUUGUGACUAAGGAUCUACCGGGCCUGAUGAGUUGGAAAUAAUGCUUACAUUAAAAGAAUU